UCAAAAACAAGAAGAAGCGUCAACGUAAACAAACAUGGCUGACGGCUAACAUCCGCAGUGCGAGCUCGUUAAACAAAUUAUGUAUGAUUGUAUUUUAACCUUUACGAAAAGCGGCAUAGAAAAUGGAUGGUUGGAUGGAUGUAUUUCAACCUGCCGUGAUUGGAUAAGACGUUAUAUCACAAUAUAUGUAUCAACUAUGUAUAUAAAACGUUACCGCAUGUCGUUGUUUACAGCAACGACUUGACGGUAGCUUAGCUAGCAGGUUACCAAAGCAACGGUAGCCCAUUUUAACAUUUCUGGAGUGGUUCUGUCGUCUAAAGGUCCUAUGGGGUGAUGUCAUGGAGCAGUACAGCAUUCUGGGCCGCGUAGGAGAAGGCGCUCAUGGCAUCGUGUUCAAGGCCAAACACAUGGAGACGGGAGAGACGGUGGCGCUGAAGAAGGUGGCUCUUAGGCGUCUGGAGGACGGCAUUCCCAACCAGGCCCUGCGGGAGAUCAAAGCCCUGCAGGAAAUUGAGGACAACCAACACGUGGUGACGCUGAGAGAGGUCUUCCCUCACGGGACGGGCUUCGUCCUGGUCUUUGACUUCAUGCUCUCUGACCUCUCGGAGGUCAUCAGGAACUCCCAGCGACCUCUGACCACAGCGCAGGUCAAAGGUUACAUGCUGAUGUUGCUGAAGGGCGUGGCCUUCUUGCAUCACAACAACAUCAUGCACCGAGACCUGAAGCCUGCCAACCUCCUUAUUAGCUCCUCAGGACACCUCAAGAUCGCUGACUUUGGUCUGGCCCGCCUCCUCAGCCAGCACCAAGAGCGUCUGUAUAGCCACCAGGUGGCCACCAGGUGGUAUCGUGCUCCUGAGUUGCUUUAUGGAGCCAGAAAGUAUGACAAGGGGGUCGACUUGUGGGCAGUAGGUUGUAUUUUCGGGGAAUUGCUGAACUCGUCUCCUCUGUUUCCUGGAGAGAACGACAUCGAGCAGCUGUGUUGUGUACUAAGGGUGCUUGGGACGCCCACGUGCGACACCUGGCCUGAAAUGGUGGACUUGCCAGAUUACAACAAAAUCACCUUCAAGGAGAAUCCCGCCAUCCCAUUGGAGGAGCUCAUCCCCGACUCCUCCCCCCAGGCCAUCCACCUGCUCAACAAGUUCCUGGUUUAUCCGUCCAAGCAGCGCUGCCCCGCCCAGCAAGCUCUCCUCCACGAGUACUUCUUCUGCUCUCCACUUCCUGCUCACCACUCGGAGCUGCCCAUCCCUCAGAAGGGUGGCGGCCAUCCCCACCCGAGGCUGCAGGCGGCGCCCUCCGACUUUUCAACUGACCUUCCCCUGAAGAACAGCGUCGUUAACCCUGCGCUGCUGUGGAGACACGCCUCCUGCCUGUGAUUGGUCCAAUGAAAGUAUCGUAGAUGAACAACACGUGCGCGCCAGUGGCGGCAUCGCUCAUUAACAUUAAAAGGUCACUUUCAUCAUCCCCUUUCCUGCUCAUUUAUGUUAGAUUUCAUUAAGUAUGUCAUGACAGUCACAUAGGACUGGGAGGAGUCAGCAGAGGGGUGGGACCUCAUCGCAGUGCAUUAUGGGACUUGUAGUUUUUCCUCAAGCCAAACCAGAAGAAAACUGACAUGUUUAAUAAUUUGUUAAACGUUUCAUCAGGCCAUAAAAGACACAGAGACAAGAAGUGGACAUGACAAAGGUUGGGGGGGAGACAUCUUGUGGGUGAAGGCUGAAGUAAACGAGGCACUUUGUUACCACUCAGCUGCAGGAUGUCGGCCAUAUUGGCUGUUGCUAUAGAAACAAAUUGUUCAUUGGGCUGCAUCACCGUAGCGAUGAGAAUACUGACAGCCAGCAGGACUGGGCGUGUGUGUAUAUGGCUCUAGUUCAACUUCUAAAGGUUUUUCCAGAACAAGCAAGCAAGUAGUUUCUAUACUCUUUUGUCAUCAUCAUAAUAAUGUCAUUUCAGUUUAGAAAAAUUUUAAAAAAUGAUUGACAUGCUUGGAAGGGGUGGGGUCAAAGUUCAGCCAAGAUCUUUGCAUAUGGUUUAAAGUUUUACUGGCCACGCCUCUUUUCUCGUCCACCAGCCAGUUUGCUCCUCAGCAUCCAAUCACAUGCAGGAAGAGGCGGUUCUUGUCCAGAAAAGCCCUUAAAUGUCUAAAAAACAAAGCUGUGCCGACAUCCAAUCAGAGAGAGAGUCCAGCCAUUCGGCCUCGCCCACCGAGACGACGGCCAGUCAGAACCUGCAUGAGUUUGUGUGGGCUGGGCUCCAACCAGGGGCCUGGCACCUCUUGCUGCGUCAGCCCAGCUCUCCCCCAAUCAAAAACCUGUGCUGUGUCGGCCCCCGAUUGGCUGUCGUGUGAUUGGCUGUCGGACAGGCGCUGGUCUUCAGCAGCAUCCAGCGGCAUCAGGAAGGAGAAGGCCACUUGCUGAGGAGCACCAGAGCUCCCACAAUGCUUUGCGUCGCUCUUCUCCUUUCCCAUCUUCCUCCUCUUCUUCUCCUCCUCCUUCCGCAUCUUCCUCUUCUCUCUCAUCUUUCUCCUCUCCUCCUCCUUGGUCUCCUCCUCCACUAGGUCCAGGUCCAGAUCAGGAGGCCGUCGUCCUCCUCUGUUUCUUGGUUUGCUUCCUCUGGUGGUCCUCCUCCUAUUGUCUCCUCCUCCCCAGUGUGUGCUGUAGGGGGUGGUCGUCAUGGUGACAGCCUCCUGCUCCUCCUCAUGUGAGGGGUGGGAGGAUGAGUCUUCCUCAAGGCCUAUCAGAGACACAGGGACACAAUUAGCCGCACUUCCUCAAAUCGUCACUAGCGACUGCCGACACACACACACACACCCAUACAAUAUGCAUAUGCAUAUGCAUAUUUAGGGUAUUAGGACUGUAAAUCUCUUUGUGAUAGAUGAUUCGAUAUGCAUAUAGAUACACGGGUUUAUCCAUCCAUUUUCAAAAACCAUAUUUCCAAAACCGAACGAUUUGGUACAAACACUAUGAUACGAUUAGAUACGAUUUUACGGUUACAUUUGUUGAUGUAGACCAGGGGUCACCAACGUGUUGCCCGCGGGCACCAGGUAGCCCCCCACGACCACAUGAGGUGUCCGCAAGCCUGCUUUUCAUUUGGGUUUUAAGUUAAUAAUGAAAGAACAGUAGAAAGAAAUGCAUUCUGAAAUACAAAAUGUGAGUUGUGGACACCAGCAUUGUGUUAAUGUUCUGGUAAAACAAGCAUAUUCGCUUUGUUUGGGUUUAAAAUAAACUCUGAAAAUAAAUGUUACAAAAAUGAGUAGCUCUUGGCCAUUUUCAUUUUGUAAAAGUAGCUCUCACAAGGAAAAACGUUGGUGACCCCUGGUGUAGACAUUAAUCUUAGACCCUAAAAUAAAUAUUCUAUAAAAUUCUAGAAAAGUGUCAUUCUUA